GCGGACCUCCUCCGACCGGGACUGGGUGGACUCGUUAGCGUAGGGCUCCUCCAGGUAGUUGAGCGACGGCCGCGCCCGGACCGCCGUGCACGCCGAAGCGACCAGAAGCACAAGCGUGAGCAUCUCGCAAGACCAAAAAAGCAUACAGCUGCCAAGGAAUGCUUCCAAACAAGUAUGACAGCACAGCAGAUUGAUGGCUCCCCACAUUCACGUUUGGAAGCCUCUGCAAAGCUUCUCUGUGGUCCGUCUGCGUGGGAGGAGCCCGGAUUACAGCCCUCUGGACAUCGCGGGCCGCCACCUGAUCCCCACACUGCGGUGGACGGCGAGCAUGUAUGUUAACAAGAGCAAGACAGAGCGCAACAAGGAGAACAUAAAGACAUGGGGUCCCCGUGGACAUCGUCCUGAGAAGGUGUUCAAACGGGCGUCCCGGAACGUCGCAGAAACGGUCAAAAAGAAGGAGAACAAAGCCGAGCAGGAGGUGGCGCGGCACACGGCUUUCUCCAAGGCGUCCUACGACCUGAGCCACUCGGAGAGGGUGAUGGAUGAGCUCACCUUUGGACGGCGUGUGGGCUUCUACGAGCUCAGAGGGGAGAUCGGAUCUGGGAACUUCUCCCAGGUCCGACUGGGAAUUCACGACCUGACCAAAGAGAGAGUGGCGGUGAAAGUCCUGGACAAGACGCGCCUGGGCAAGCGCUCGCAGGCUCUGUUUGCCUCGGAGAUCUUGUGCAUGGAGAAGCUGGCGCACCCCAACAUCGUACGUCUGUACGAGGUUUUGGAGACCUACAAAAGGCUGUACCUGGUCAUGGAGUACGCCAGCGGAGGGGAGCUGUUCUCCCGCAUCUGCACCAGGGGGCGCAUGUCCGACCUGGAGAGCAAGCUGGUGUUUGCUCAGCUGCUGGCCGCAGUCAAGCACAUGCACGACAGCAACAUCGUGCACCGAGACAUGAAGGCGGAGAACGUGUUCUUCACCAGCACGUGCUGCAUCAAAGUGGGCGACUUCGGCUUCAGCACGCUCUGCCACCCCGACGACGUGCUGCACACGUUCUGCGGCUCCCCGCCGUACGCCGCGCCCGAGCUCUUCAGGCGCACGGGUUACACGGGCCGCCACGUGGACUUGUGGGCUCUGGGCGUCCUGCUCUACUUCAUGACCACCGCCGCCAUGCCCUUCAGAGCCGCCAACACGGGCAGGCUAAGGCGCUGCAUCCUGCAGGGGUCCUACAGCAUCCCCUCCUACGUGCCGGGCCCCUGCACGGAGGUCAUCCGGGGCCUGCUGAGACCCGUGCCCGCCGACCGUCUCAGCGUGGCGAAGAUCAUGUCCGGCGAGUGGAUGAGGGGCGUCGAUUACCCACCAGCGUGCCUCGAUUGCCAGCCCACGCCCUCGCACCUGGCCGGGCCGGCCGCCGCGCUCUGCUCGGAAGAGCUGAGCGUCAAAGCGGCGUUAGAGGAGCUGGGCGUCACGGAGCGCCACCUCCUGGACAACAUGCCGGACCUGAGAAGCCCCGUCACGGGCGCCUACCGCAUCCUGCUGCACCGUGUCCAGAGGAGGACGUCCGUGGAAGCGGCGGGCUACAGCUACGUGUGCAUGACGGAGACUCGUAACAGACUCAAGCGGCUGGACAAACGCACAUCUGCGGUUUGUAUUGUCAUGUAAGCGCUUUGCAUGUUUUCAGUCUUCAUUUCGCUUUGGGUUCAAUAGGCUGUAAGUUAGUGUGUGGAAGGGGAAGCAAAUAAAACAAUUUAAAGAAACAGUA